CACAACCCAAGCUGUCCAAGGUGACCACCUUCUCUGGAUGCCAUGGCAGAAGCCAGGAGGCUGCCCCCACCACUACCUCCUCGGCUGGACUGGUUUGUGCACACCCAGGCGGACCUGCUAGCCCAAUCCGGGAUCCCCGAGUGGUUCCAUGGCACCAUCUCCCGAGAGGCUGCUGAGAACAUGUUGGAGUCACAACCCCUGGGGACUUUUCUUAUCCGAGUCAGCCACAGCCAUGUGGGCUACACCCUUUCCUACAAAGCCCAGACUUGCUGCCGUCACUUCAUGGUGAAACUUUCAGAAGAUGGGACUUGUGCCUUCGCUGGGGACCACAUGACCCACGCCUCUCUGCAUGCCCUGGUCACCUUCCACCAACAAAAGCCUAUUCGGCCAUUCGGGGAGCUGUUGACCCAGGCCUGCGGGCAGGAGGAUCCAGCAAACGUGGACUAUGAGGAUCUCUUCCUAUACUCAAAUGCCCUGGUUCAGGAUGCUGAAAGCCAAAUUCUGAGAACGGAAGUUCAAAGGUCUUCCUGCCCACCUGAGGAGGCUUCUGAAAGGAAGCCAUCCACAACAACUAAAGGAGAAUUCGCAUCAGCUUCCUGCUCCCCAAAAGCCCUUUUCGAGGAUUCUGGACAGAAACUGUGGAAGAACCUGAGGUCCCUACCUCAGACUAGCCAGAGGGUGAAACAGCGACUCACUUCACACCUGUUGGCCAUGAACCUGCUGGGGGAUGCCAGGCAAGUGGCACAGCAGCACCACAGCCCUGUGACUCGAGCAUUCAGUUGGGACAGUACUAGCCACUCCGAGGACUCCUGUGCAGCCACCACGUCUCUUCAAAACCCUGCAGAACCCCAGGCCCUGAGAGGCAGAGAAGCCACCUUCAGGGACUCCAGGCCUGCCAGCUGGAGGAAGGCAUUCUCAGGGGUCAAAGCCUGGCGUGGAAAGGUGGUAAGGGCCCUGUCAGCCCAGGAGCCUGUGGACUUUCCAGAAGCCCAGGGCUGGUUGCCUGAGGAAUACCUUCCACCACCACCUUUCGCCCCUGGGUACUGAUAGAACUUUCUGUAUCUUGGGUAUUCCUCAUCUCUCCUUUAGGUCCCCAUCCUUGUCCUCACAGCCAGAGAACUGUGCUGAAGAGGUUAAGGGGCUGAAUCCUGCAGGUGCCAGCUAAGGGAGCUGAUUGUCCUAAUAAUAAUAGAAUUACUGCUACCUCUUUAGGGACCUGGUGGAA